AUGGGGGUACGUCCUGUUCUCAGCACCAGCACCAGCAGUAAUAAUAACACGCUGGAGGAAGUUGGCGGAGGGGUCGGGAACGCUGUCGGCCCCAUUUCUAAGUCAUCAUCCACUUCCAUCAUCUCAAUUCCAGGCCCAGAGCAGCCCCUGCAACAAUCCGGCUCGCCUACAAAGUCCGACCCUGCGCCGCACUUUUCUUCUACUUCCCAAUCUCAUUGCUAUGCUGACGACAACGAUAAAAAACCUGAGCCUUCCGCUCUAGCCAUAAAAGGUCCAGACGCCGUUCCCAAUAAUCAAUUGCGCGGACACCGCAAGAACGCACCAUCUGUCGAUGCGGUCCCGCGUCAAACCCUUAUGAAAGCACUGGCCUCUGUCGCACGGAAUAAUAAGCCUGAGGCUUUAUCAUUGAACGGCAUGUUGUCCGCGCAGUCAGCGGUCGAUAAACGACCUGCUAAAUCCACCUCUUCUCAACAAUUGUCCGAAGCUCUUUCCGAGCUUGCCGCCCGAAACUUAACUCCGACUACCGCAUUCCCCUCCCUUCAGUCACCAUGCUUCUACCACAACCGAUUUGAUGACGCAGUCGAUAUCGAUAAGGUCCUCGAAGAAAUCAAAAACGAUGAGUGGAUGUCGCAUUCUAGACUGGUCCAAACUGCCACCGGUGUUCGUGAGGUGUCCAAGCAACUGCAGCGCCGGCCUAUCCGUCGAGCUGUCCGCAAUGUUAUGAUCGUCACCAAAGCCCGCGACAAUGAAUUGGUAUAUCUAACUAGGGAGUUGACCAUGUGGCUUCUGAGAACUCCCCGAUAUGGCUCAGAUAUAGGAGUCAACGUCUAUGUUGACGCGAAGCUACGCAAUUCGAAGCGCUUCGGUGCUUCUAGUAUUGUGGAUGAAGACCCUCGUUUCGAGUCGAUGCUCCGGUACUGGACUCCGGACCUUUGCUGGAGUUAUCCGGAGAAGUUUGAUCUUGUCUUAACACUCGGCGGUGACGGUACCGUACUUUUCACCUCCUGGCUCUUCCAGAGGGUUGUUCCCCCUGUGUUGUCGUUUAGUCUAGGAAGUCUAGGCUUCCUGACAAGCUUUGAAUUUGAGAAGUACAAGCAACACCUCAACAAGGUUAUGGGUGAUGAUGGCAUGCGUGUGAACCUCCGCAUGCGAUUCACAUGUACCGUGUUCCGGAACGGCGCUUCGGGCCAGGAGAUGGAAGAGGGUGAGCAGUUUGAAGUUCUCAACGAGCUCGUUAUCGACCGUGGCCCAUCCCCCUACGUCUCUAACCUCGAGCUGUACGGCGACAACGAGCUCUUGACCGUUGUCCAAGCGGAUGGUUGCAUCUUCUCCACACCCACUGGAUCGACUGCAUAUUCCCUUUCCGCGGGCGGCUCUUUGGUCAGCCCUGACCUUCCUGCCAUCCUUCUCACUCCCAUUUGCCCGCACACGCUCUCUUUCCGACCAAUGGUGCUUAGCGACACGAUGUUAUUGCGUGUUUCUAUCCCGCGCAAUUCCCGCGCAACGGCCUACUGCGCAUUUGACGGAAAGGGUAGGGUAGAGUUGAAGCAAGGUGAUUGUGUCACCAUUACGGCUUCUCAGUACCCCUUCCCCACCGUGAUGCGCACUGGGACGGAAUGGUUCGAUAGUGUUUCUCGUACCCUACAAUGGAAUACGCGAGCUGCGACCCAGAAGGGGUUUGAAAGCAAGAACGGCCAUUCCGGCUCCGCCAACGAGGACGAUGAGCCGGAAUGGGAUAUCGAUACCGACUCUGCCUACUAUGCUAGUGAAGAUGGCAGUACUAGUGCGAGCCCGUUACGACGACAGAUGAGCCUUCUGGGCUUGUAG